AGCAACUAGUACCAUCAUCUCUCUUUUUCUUGCCUGAAUUGCUGCCUCAGCAGUCUUUACCAUAUUAAUGGCAGCCAAACGGGUGCUGAGCAGUGUGGAAAACAUCAAUUGCAUACCGGAUGAAGUCCUUUGCCACAUCCUCUCAUUCCCUCUAACUAAAGAUGCAGUGCGGACAUCCUUUGUGUCAAGAAGGUGGAGGUAUCUUUACACUUUGGUUUCUAAUCUUGAUUUUGAGUUGCGGCCUGAUUACGGUGAUGAUUUAAGUGUGAAUCAACUGAUGAAUUUCGUAGAUAGAAUAUUGCGCUUCCAUAACAGACCAUCUGUAGUUAGAUUUCGUCACAAGUGCAUUCAUUAUAAUGAGGGUAUUGGUACUCCACAAUUUGACACUUUGCGAAUUGAUGGAUGGAUUCGUGCUGUAAUGUGGCAUAGUAUUCAAGAGCUUGAGCUUGACAUAACCGAAUUUGAUAUCAAUCUUGAGUUCCUGCCAGCUAGUUUAUUUACUUGUGAGACACUGGUGGUCCUGAAAUUGUGUUUGGUUUCGGGUUAUGACCGUUUUGAGUUCCCAUCCAAGUUGUUUUCUGGUUGCCCAGUUCUUGAGGAUCUGAUUCUGGAUGAUUGCUGUGCAAGAUAUGACUGUUUAAAAUUCAAGGUUUCUAAUCCUAUCAUCAAGAGACUUAUCAUAAGAAAGAUGAGAUAUGAAGGAGUGACUCCACAGAUUGUGAUCAAUGCCCCAAGUCUUGUCUGCUUCAGUUUCUCUGAGUCGGAAUUACAUCACCUUGUUCUUGUAGACAUGCAAUCUCUUGGUGAAGCAGUUACAGAUUUUAAUUUUUGGUUUGAUUCUGCAAAUUAUGCUGCAGCGGUAAAUGAUCUUCUGGCAGGGAUAACAAGUGUUCGAUCACUUCAAAUUUCCAUUCAGACUCUAGACCAUUUUUUAAUAGCUUCUCUCUGAUGCUGCUCUCUCCAAGCCUCCGCAACUUAUUAUGAGUAGUAUAUUUUCUAGUUACUAGUUUAAGAGUUUAGUUGAUUUGUUCAACUAACUAAAACUUUCCCUUUGUUCUACUCUACAGUGUCUCCAAGACUGUCAGGCUCCUAUCUCUUUGUGGAGUAACAUGACUCGCCUGAAAAUUUUUGGUCUGACAGAGUGUUAUGACUUUGCUUGCCUGCAAUACUUUCUUUCAUGUUCUUAUUGUCUAGAAACUCUAAUUAUUGAGGUAUAAAUUCAAAUAUGAACU